UCUGAGGGCGCAUGCGCGUCGGCUCACGUUAGUGUCCCGUGUUGUCGGUUGUGUCCUCCGAAGUUUACGUGGCGUGUGGCUUGGAGUCAGGUAACGGUCGAGAGGCAGCCGCACCUCUUCAGACCAACAUGGCUACCCACCUGAAACGAUCUUCAAGGACUCAUUUGGUUUAGCUGUGGUUGUACUUCAGUGUUAUGAGACCAAAAGGGUAAACGGCCAGGCCGUUGGUAUGGCAAUGGAAACUGAAACCAUUGAGUCUGAAUUCUUCUUCCGGUUGGUCUGGUUGUUGCUGAAGAUUUAUUGUGUGUCUUUUCAUGGAGACUGCUGACGAACUUGGAAGGAGGCAGUUAGCCAAUGGCUUCUGACUCCAUGGUCCCAGAGCAAGCGGAGCGUCGUGUGGCAAAAGGGAAGAGGCAGCAUCAGCAGGAAAAGUCAUCGCUGAAUAACGAUGGGGAAGACGAAACAUUUGUAUUUGAAGCAAACGAAGCUUGGAAGGAUUUUCACAGCUCUCUCCUUCGCUUUUACGAAGCUGGGGAACUUUUUGAUGUCACGCUGAAGGUGGGGUCAAAAUUGAUUUCCUGUCACAAGCUAGUGCUGGCUUGUGUUAUUCCUUAUUUCCGAGCCAUGUUUCUUUCUGAAAUGGCUGAAGCCAAGCAGACGUUAAUUGAGAUCAAAGAUUUUGAUGGUGAUGCCAUAGAAGAUCUGGUGAAAUUUGUCUAUUCAUCUCGGCUGACCCUGACAGUUGACAACGUCCAGCCCCUCUUAUACGCUGCUUGCAUCCUUCAGGUGGAGGUAGUGGCCAAAGCUUGCUGCGAGUACAUGAAAUUGCACUUCCAUCCCUCAAACUGCCUGGCAGUGCGGGCCUUUGCAGAGAGCCACAACCGCAUUGACUUGAUGGACAUGGCUGAUCGCUACGCCUGUGAACAUUUUGCCGAGGUUGUGGACUGUGAAGACUUUGUGAGCGUGUCACCUCAGCACCUUCAUAAACUGUUGUCCUCAAAUGACCUCAGCAUUGAGAGCGAAAAGCAGGUCUACACUGCUGCUAUUAAAUGGCUUCUUGCCAAUCCUCAGCAUCACGCCACGUGGUUAGAUGAAAUACUCGCUCAGGUGCGUCUGCCUCUUUUGCCCAUUUGUUUUCUGAUGGGUGUAGUGGCAAAAGAAGAGAUCGUCAAACAGAACCUAAAAUGCCGGGACUUGCUGGAUGAAGCAAGAAACUACCACCUUCACUUGAGCAGUCAUACAGUGCCAGACUUUGAAUACUCCAUCCGAACUACACCAAGGAAACACACGGCAGGAGUCCUUUUCUGUGUUGGUGGUCGUGGUGGAUCCGGUGACCCAUUUCGCAGCAUUGAAUGCUACUCAAUAAAUAAGAACAGCUGGUUUUUUGGCCCUGAAAUGAACAGUAGAAGAAGGCACGUGGGUGUCAUCUCUGUGGGAGGUAAAGUCUAUGCUGUGGGAGGCCAUGAUGGAAAUGAACAUCUGGGAAGUAUGGAAAUGUUUGAUCCUCUCACAAAUAAGUGGGUGAUGAAAGCAUCUAUGAAUACCAAAAGGAGGGGAAUUGCUCUCGCCUCUCUCGGAGGCCCCAUCUAUGCCAUAGGAGGGCUUGAUGACAACACUUGCUUCAGCGAUGUGGAGAGAUAUGACAUAGAAUCUGAUCAGUGGAGUGGAGUGGCGUCGAUGAACACGCCUCGGGGUGGUGUGGGCUCCGUGGCUCUUGUGAACUACGUAUACGCUGUUGGUGGGAAUGAUGGGGUAGCUUCCCUUUCCAGCGUGGAGAAAUAUGAUCCUCAUCUGGACAAAUGGAUAGAAGUAAAAGAAAUGGGUCAGCGGAGAGCUGGCAAUGGGGUUAGCGAGCUCCACGGCUGCUUAUAUGUAGUAGGUGGCUUUGAUGACAAUUCUCCACUGACCUCUGUAGAGCGAUUCGACCCUCGCAGUAACAAGUGGGAGUAUGUAGCUGAGCUUACAACUCCUCGGGGUGGAGUUGGCAUAGCAACAUUAAUGGGGAAAAUAUUUGCUGUUGGCGGUCACAAUGGAAACGCUUACCUGAAUACGGUGGAAGCCUUUGAUCCAGUGGUGAACAGGUGGGAGCUUGUGGGGUCUGUGUCCCACUGCAGAGCUGGAGCUGGUGUAGCCGUGUGUGCGUGCCUGGGCAGCCAAAUCCGUGAUGUGGGUCAGGGUUCCAGCAAUGUGGUGGAUUGCAUGUGAAUUUGGAUUCAGAUCUCUCCUAAUGUUGCAAGGCUUCAAAAACCCGAGGAACUCCCUAAAUCAAUAUUUGUAAAUAUUCAGGGGUGCUUUUGUAUGAGAGUUUGAAUAACUGGCAGCUUUUAAAGGCUCGGCAACAAGGUCUCAGUGACUGUACAGGGCAUAAUGCCAAGGAGUACUUAAGAAAUUGGAGGACUUCUGUUCUGCAGCCUCUUGUACCUUAACCAAGGGGGGCUUGGUGGUGCUGAAAGUGUUCCUUGCAUAUUUCAAACUGGUGAACUUUUCUCAGACAUGUCCCCGAAAUGUUGAUACUUGAGCGCUUAAAUCUCUGAAGGAUGUUCCGGUUAAAAAUAACCACUGCAUUUAUGAGUAAGCAUGUUCUACUCUAAUGCUAUGCAAACUUGAACUGGAUUGAUGGACUCUGGCCUCUUGAAAAAUGUAAUGUCGUAAAGCUCUUGUAAACUGACAUGUUGUUUGCCAGAGAGAAGCACCAAAUAACCAUUAGUCUUGUUGACGUCCAUUCCAGUCACCAAAAACCUAAAGCAUAAGCUUACUUUUGCCUCAGCCAGAUUUGUAUGGCAUGUAACCACCGUUGGGCAUGCCUUCUGGUAAAAGCUUGCGACAAAAGCUAGGGAAGCACACUUUUCAGUUUAAAUGGAAGACGUGAUUGCUGAUGACGUCAGACCUGAGCUUUUCCAUUACAGACCAUCCCCAUUUGGAAUGGUUAAUUUUGUUGCUCACGACCUCUGUUUAUUAAGGGUCUUGAUUGGUAUUGUGGCUGCCAGGUUUUUAAACGUUGCAUCUCUUAUCAUAGAACGCUCCGUUCUCAGAUCCUCAAACGGUGUCGUUUAUCCUGCAUGCAUUCUUAGGCUAUGUGUGAGCCAUAACUAGAAGACGUGCAUCAUUGUAAUCAGGUAAGCGUCUCAGACAAUCAUUCGGCUGCUACGUAGGAGAUGGCCUUUUCGGACGUGUGUUAUCUGGCCUUGAAAUGACUCUUCCAGUCGGUUGCACUCCUCAAACCACUUGACUGUGCGUUGUGCUUGGGGAGUGAUCACAGAGGUUGUUUGCAUUAAUGAUUAUUUGGAACCGGACCGUCUUCCUUUGAAUGAAAGAGACUUUUUUUUUUUGGUGGGGAGAGGUGUGACUAAAGGAAGGGUGUAUAUAUUCCAACCCAACAGGAGCCCAACAACAACAAAAAAUCAGUGCUGCAAAUCGGUGGUGGUGGUUUAAAGCGCUGUCCUGAUAGUGACUUUGCACACAUGUAUCUUCACACCCUGCAAUUCAUUACAGGAGUCCAGGUUCCCUGCAGAACGGGCUGUGCUAGGGAAACACGGCCACAGCAUUUCAUCUGCAUACCCUUUGCUUACUGUUGGAGUUGCCAGUGUUUUGGAGUGCCACCAUCAGAGACCUGACCAGGCCUUAGAUUGGCUGGAAAGUGCCCUGCUGUUGUUACGCAGGGGGAGAUGCAGCUGCUGGUAAGAAGCAUUGUUAAAUAUGCCCGGUUGGCUAUUGGAAAGAAAAAAGGAAUUGUGGCUUUCCUUCAGACUGGAUGAAAAUUUCCUUUGAAGAAAAAUAACAGUGCGUAUACUAAAGAUAAGCGUGUUUGUUUAAUGUAGGCAGUCCUUCCUCUCCACCCUUGCUCUUCUUCCUUGUCAGAAGUCAUCUGGUUGUCCUUUUUUUCUGUGUGUUGGUUGUCGUGCUUUGCAGCUGUGUUACAUGAGACUGUGAACAGCUGAAGUCAUAAGAAUUGGCAUCAGGCCCUGGUCCUUAAGGCAAACAGAACCUGAAGUGGCAGCAGCUCACAAGCCAAGCCCUGCAAAGCGUGGGCGGACUGGAGCUGACCAACUCUAAAGGCGACCCCUUGUGAUGGGGGAGCCGGACGCGACCCAAGCGGCGUUCCCAAACCAUUUUGGAUGGGUGGGGCUGGUCUGUGGCAAGGUCCAGAAUAAGAAUGUGUUUCUUAGAGAAACAGUUACGUAAUGAUUCUCUGUGUUCAGCACCACUGUGUGUCUGUCGUCAGAUCACAAAGCACACAUUACUGCUUAAUUAUCACAUUGCCACUUUGAGAAUCUGUUUUUGUAUUAGUCUGUGGUAUCCAGUGGACAAAAUGCAGAAUGAAGUGGUGAAUGGUGGUGUAUGAGAACCAUUAUAAUAAAAAC